GCCUGCAGAUCUUGUGAAGAUAUCAAGGUCAAUUUCAUUUUGUCGUGCAUAUACUUAGUACUACUAUUGUCUCUGCGGCAUGGAUUAUCGUCCGAGGGACAAUCACCGAAUCCGUGCAAGGAAGUGGAAACCACAGAAAAUCUACAUGUCUACUUUGUAGCUAGUAAUGUGGUAAACAAGAUGUCAGCAUCACCAAAUAAAGACAAUAAAGUCCAAUUUAAUAUGUCAUUUACUGCAGAAUGUGACACUGAAAAUGAUGGAAACAAAGCAACAAAUAACAAAAGUGAAAAACCACUCAACUUUCUUGCCAAGAUAGCUUUAGGCUGCCAGCAAAUAACAGUCAAAUCUGACAAGCAGAAGGAACAUAAAAAUAAAAGCUAUUCACAUUAUUUUCAUAAGUUCAGUGAAGAGUCAAGAGAGUUCAAAAAUGGUAAUGGAGGUAAUGCUGAUAGAGACAACAUUGAUCCAAGCCACCUGUUGGCCAGGAUUUGUUCCUCAAAUGAUUCUCAUGAUGCAGCCACAAAAAUGCAACUAUUAACAUCCUUAGCCAAUGCAUGUAUACAAAGACCUGAGCUGUAUGAAAUAAUAGGUUCCAGCCCAUUGGUGUACUACACAGAAGGUCUGCUUCUCACGUACAUUCAGGCACUCUAUAUGCGCACUAGAUGUGGGCAAGGGGUAAAUAUGCCAGGUCCAUCCAUCUCAGAGCUUAUCCUUCUCAUUCCUGUUAUCAAACUUUUGAUUCCUGCAGCUAAUAUGGCUGUUCACAAAAUCCGAGCCAUAUUUUUGUAUAAGUCAGAAGUCCUGUUACAGCUAAUGCAGGCUUCAACACAGUGCAGCUACAAUGCCAUAUCAGCGUUUACUAAGCUGUGUGCUGCAGUUUCAGACAAAGUGCUUGUUGGAGCUAUUUUGGAAAUGUCUAGCACAGACACACUAGCAUUAUUUGCAAAAUGUUUUGGAAUGGAUGCAUCAUCACUUAAUAUGAAAUUGCAGGGUUAUCAUACUACUUUGUAUGACACAAAUGGUACAGAUGACAUCAACAUCAACCUUGACAUCAUUCAGAAGAAGCGACCAAGUGGCAAGGAAUACACACAGCCACUUGCUGAUAACUUCAAUCCUAACCCCAUGUUGGAUUGCUGUGAGAAUGUUGAUAAUGCAAACUGGAGUGAUGUAAUUGUUGCAAAAGUUCUGCUUUUAAAGGUUCUUUUGGUGUAUACGAAGGCUGAUUGGAAGGAACGUCUAAUCUACAUCAGCAGCCAAGUGCAUGAACACUUGAGAAUAAAGGAUAAAACAUCAGCACAGCCACUAAUUGGAGCUGUGUAUGGCUUCUGGAGCUUGGAUGCUACAUUUGAGGGAGAGGCAUUAUUGAAGGUGCAGUACCUCCGUGGUCAAGUGCUUACACUAACAGGUGAUUGGACAAUGUUUUGGGCCACUGAUGUAGGUUUGCUUGGCUACAUUCCAAAGGCCAAGCUUUAUUCCCUGCCUGAACAUGUGGCAUCGCAGGCUCCACUAAUAAGCAUUUGUCUACUUCGAGGUCCAGUGUGUGAAAUGGAUGAGGUGUUUCUGGAAAGUGCAUACAAACUGCUGCAAAUCAUACUAGAGACCAAUGCUCUGACAGGCAAGCACAUGUUGCUCUGUGAAUCAGGGGAACACAUCCUGUCUCUCUUUGAGUAUCCAGAAGCAGUCAUCCGAAUUGCCUUCAUGAAUCUACUUCUGUGUCUUGCCAAGAACUCGAAAGAUGUCAUCAAGUUUCUACUCAAGCAUCACUUUGAUGUGACCCUCGUUGAUAAAUUGGAACGCUACAGUCACAUUUACACAGCUGAUCUCUGCAGCUGCAAGGACUCAAUGGAGAAAGAGAUAACACAGAUGGUGAUGAUACUUCUGGCCAUAUUGGAGCAGGAAAAUGUGAGAAACUGGCCUCAAAACAGAAGGGCUUCAAGAGUACUCUGGAUGUUUCUUUGUGACAAGAAGUGCAUAUGGAAACAGUUAAUGGAGAAAUGCCUAUUUGUUCUCAGUGACAAAUCUAAAGAAACACACAUCCAAAGAGACAGUUUCAGAAAUGGCCGCCAACAAAUAUAUAGAUGUGACCGAGGAACACGACUUGAAAGACAUCGUGUGACUUGUCUCAAUCAAGGUAGAUCAGAAGCUGAUGACAAGACAGGGAUGAGAUAUAGAGGUAGAAUGAACUUCAGUGGUAGAAGUGGAUAUGGUUGUAGUCAAAGAAGGCAGUUUAAAGAUGACACAGACUCAAUGCAGGGGUACAUCAAUGCACCUCACUCAGCACACAAGCAGUCAAAUGUGCAGGGGCAUUUGGAAAGUUCUCAUGAAACACAUAGAACCAGUCCAACCAGUGAACUGGAUAAAAGUCAAGAGAUUGAUCCAAAGGACAGCCCUGCAGGAAAAGCAGAAAUGUCAACCAAGGCUGAGCCAGAAACAGAGACUGAAAUAUUUCACAGGCAGCAGAAGGAAAGUCAAGAUUAUUUUAAUUCAGAUUACAUACAUAAGAGUGAAAUACAAGAGAUGUUGAACCUUUGUUCAAAAUGCAAACAUAACCUUGUUGGUGACUGGAAACCUGAUUCUGAGGAGUGGCAAAGGGAUGGCCUUCAAGCAAAUAGCAAAACUAACUUAGAAGUAUCAGAACACAGGUUGUUAAUGUCCAGGAGUGAUAACAAUGAUAAGGCAAGAAGAAUCUAUUAUGGAGGUCAGUCAAGACAGACUAUUCAUCGGCUGUCAAUGUUUAACACACUAAAGCCUCCUUCAGUUGCAAACCGUGUGACAGCAACAUACCAUGAUCUGGUGAGUCCAUGUAAUGACCCUCCACUGGAUGACAUAGAACCAGUGGUCAAGCAAAUGGAAGAAAUUAUUUUGGACUCAGAAACUGAUUAUGUGAUAUGUGGAACCAAAGCAACUGUGAAACCUGACAAGACUCAUGAAUUGAUGGUAGAGAAGAAGCUGUGGGGCAUUAAGGAGGUUCUGCUUGCAGAGAAGUUGUGUGGCUUGCUGAAUAAUAAUGUAGAAGGUAGCAUGUUCUUUGGGUUGUCAGCAGACUCCAUCAUUGUAGGACUGAAACUUGGGCGUGAGGACAAGGAUAAUUUCAGGAAUGGGAUAGACAGAAUCAUGAAUCGUUGUUUGAUACCAGAAGUGCAAGCUAACUCCUAUGACAUUUUGUUCACUCCUGUUCUGUAUCGGAAUCAGAAAGCAGUGGACCUCACACAGCACAGUCUUUACAUUAUUGAAAUACGAGUCCAUCCAAUGAUGCAUAUGGUUUAUAUGGUGUAUCACGGCCACAAGUGUUUUAUUCGAUGUGAUACGGAAACAGUUGAGUACAGUGUUCAACAGAAGAAGCAAGACAUGAUGGAUGCUGAAGACAGGGCUAUUGAAGAAUCUAUAGAAAAGAUUAGGGCAGCUGUACAAACUGACCUACAUUCUUUGGCUGAAUAUAUCAAGAAAUAUCUUCCACAAUCAUAUCAGAUCUAACUGGUGUGAACAUAGCCAACUCUUGUUACAGGUGGCACUAGGAUGGUUAAAGAGCUUUAAUAUAUGAACAGUAAAAAGUACGUGCACAUUCCCCACUUAUGGGUAUUUGUCUAGUUUUAUAAAAAUAGAGUCUGCAAAAUUAGUACAUAAUAUAAAAAUGCACAUAUCAUCAAAAAUUUAUUUCAUUCCUAAAUAUUCUAUAAUGUAAGCAUGCUUAUGAUUUAUCUCCUCACCAAAUUUGAAAAGCCUAGCUCCAUUGACUCAUUAGUUAUCUUCAUAAAACCAGAAGCUAAAUAUAAUAUUUCAUGCAGACACAAUAUUGUCUUAUAUUCAAUGAAAAAAAUUACUAAAUUAUAAGUUUCUGCAUCCACCAUGUUGUUACCAAUCGUAGAAAAGUAUGAGUUUAGGGUGGCCUCCAACAUUCAUAUCAAAUUUAAUUAAGUCCAUCUAAUGGUUCUUGAGUUGAAAUCCAAAAAGUUCAACUGAUUAAAAUAAUUCCAACUACCAAAGUUAAUUAUUCAAGUAUAGAAAUGAUCUAUAAAUGACAUCACCUGCACGACAGAAAACACUGUGAGUAUGACAGCACUAAAAUUGAAACAUGAGACCAACCCUAAUUGUGGACUGAUUAAGACACAAUCAAGCUUGUGUGCAUUCAUUUUGUGUACUUAAUGCUAAGAAUACAUAAAAAGCCAGUAAAUUAAGGAAUAUAUUUAGUUCAUGUUCAUGUAUAAUACUCAUAACAGAGUAUCUGUUCAGAAACAACAUUUAGAUUGAUUGUGUUAUAGUUGUUAUUUUGCUUUUUUUGUAUUGGAAUAAGUGUAACUUCUCAUUG